AUGAACCAGGCCUGUCCCACCCCUCCCCUCCCAGCCUCCCCCUCCCCCCCCCCUCUCGGAUCAUCCAUCUACUGUAGCCUCAUCCAGGGGUUUCCAUCUCCCACAGCUGCUCAGGACGGGUUAAGAGCCAGGGAUUUGGAGCUGUUCAAAGACGAGAUCGUGGGUUUGGUAAUGAAUGAAGGAGAGGGGAAGUUGUCAGGACGCUCUCCCAUCGCUCACAUCGGGAAAAAAUCCUGA